AUAUGCGAUCUUUGAGGAAAGAAUUGGAAAAGAAUGGUAACCUAAUCUUGGUUUGUUAGAGCAGCUUUGGAAGGGGCCCAGCGAAAGCAAAGGAAUCAUCACCACUCAUCACACACCGUGAUCGAUCAUCAUUUUUCUGAUGCUGAACUUGCCAGUGGGAGGCAAAGGCACAGUCGCACAGGCAGGCAGCCUGGAUGACGGGACGGGGACCGACCAGGGGUACCAUCUGUAAUUAUUUUGCAUCAUUAACAAGGCCAUUAGUGCUGCUAAUUGCUCGUUUGUUUGAUGAUUAACAGAUGGUUAAUUGGAUUGGAAUACUGGAUCCCGUGCUCUGCUCUGGAGUACCUGCGAAGCUCCAUAAACGAGAGCAAGAGAGCAGCACAAGGAGCAAAGAGCACAGCGCACCCAUCAGUCAGUCAGUCCUCCAAUCCCAACCCCCGUCGCAUCUGCCGCCUGCUCUGCUCUGAAACCGGUGGCUUCUGACGCCGGCGUCGCGUCCAAUCCCGGCGCGCUGUCGGUUGCCUCGGAGGAUGGGCUGCCUCCGCCGGCGGCUCGGCCUCGGCGGCACGCGUACUCUGCCAUUCGUGAGGAGAUUCAAGCCGAAGGAGGUCGAGGCCGCCACCAACGGGUUCACCACGGUCCUCGAGGCCGGACCCCGCGGCACGGCGUACAAGGCGCGCUUCGCCGGCGGCCUUGUCGCCACGGUCCGGCGGGCCAGCUCCGGGGAGGGCCAGGAGAAUGGCGCCUUCUACCUGGAGGUGCAGCUGCUGGGCCGCCUGAACCACCGGCACGUCGUCAGGCUCCUCGGCUUCUCUGAAGGCCACCACAGCAGGUUUCUUGUCUUCGACCACAUGGAGAACAGAAGUCUGAAUGAAUUCCUUCACGACCCUCUCAGGACGCCGUUGGACUGGAGGACCAGAUUGCAGGUUGCUAUAGAUGUUGCAGCAGCACUGGAAUACCUCUACUACUUCUGCGAUCCCCCGGUGUUCCAUGUGUCUGUCAACUCGAGCAAUGUGAUGAUGGACGCCAAUUUCGUCGCAAAGCUAUCAGAUGUCAGCGUGAUGAACCACGACUUGAAGUGCGCGACAACCGGACCCGACACCACAUCCUUCCAAGACCAGGUUGAGCAGAGGAGGACGGACCUGGUGUUCCAGUACGGCGUGCUGGUGCUGGAGCUGGUGACUGGGCAGUCCCCGGGCGGCGACGGCGAGCUCGUGCGGUGGGUGCAGGAGCCCGGGUUAGCCGGCUCCAUGCACCGGAUGGUGGAUGCUGAUCUUGGCAGCGCGUACGAUGCGAGGGAGCUCCGAGAUCUUGUGAUCGUCGCAAGGCUGUGCACCAGACAAGGGAAUCACGCCGUGAUCUCUAUACCGCAGAUUGUGAAGUACUUGCAGGGGAAGGUAGAGCGGCUUGGAUGUGCAAACAGGUGUGAAUAAUUUGUGCAGGGUGUUGAUUAGUACUCCAUCUCUGUGCAUUGUGUUCUUCCUUUUCCACUGUUUGUAGAAAAGUACUUGAUUUUUUCCCUACGAUCUUCAGCAUCUGUUGACGUCAAUAGAGGAACCAAGGUGAUAGGUUUUUUU